AUGGCGGACAAGGGCAAGGGACGCGACGUGGGCGAUGCGCCGCGAUCGAGUGACGCGCUGCCGUGGGUGGAAAAGUACCGGCCCGCGACGCUCGAUGAGGUGCUGUCGCACCAGCACAUUACGUCGACGCUCGAGCGGUUCAUCGACGCGCAUCAGCUGCCCCAUCUCCUCUUCUACGGGCCGCCCGGCACCGGCAAGACGUCGACGAUCAUGGCCCUCGCUGCGCGUCUGUACGGCACGUCGUAUCGCAGUCAUGUGCUGGAGCUGAAUGCGUCCGACGACCGCGGCAUCGACGUCGUCCGCGGCCAGAUCAAGGCGUUUGCGAGCACACGCAACAUGUUCAGCACCCAGACGGACACGUUCAAGCUCGUCAUCCUCGACGAGGCCGAUGCCAUGACGCAGGCCGCCCAAGCGGCACUACGCCGCGUCAUGGAGCAGUACACACGCAACGUGCGCUUCUGCAUUAUCUGCAACUACGUCAACAAAAUCAUCCCGGCCAUCCAGAGCCGGUGCACGCGCUUCCGCUUCUCGCCGCUCGAUCGCGCGCAGGUCGAGCGCCGCAUCGACAGCGUCAUCGCCGCCGAGCACUGCCGCAUCGACGACCGCGCCAAGGCCGCCAUCCUCCAGCUCUCGCAUGGCGACAUGCGCCGCGCGCUCAACAUCCUGCAGGCAUGCGACGCGGCCUGCGAGCCCGGCAGCCUCAUCGACGAAGACAGCGUGUACACAUGCACGGGACACCCACAUCCACACGACAUCGAGACGGCCUUCCACGCGAUGCUCGAGCAGGAGUUCACGACCGCCUUUCACACCGUCCAAGCGCUGCGCAUCGACAAAGGCAUGGCCCUGCCCGACCUGCUCACGGGCAUGCACGAUCUCGUCAUGUCCCUCGAGCUCCCACCACACGCACGGGUAUACAUCCUCGAUCAGAUGGCGCAGAUCGAGUACCGCCUGAGCACGAAUGCCUCCGAACGCAUCCAGCUCUCGGCGCUCUUGGCGUCGGUCAAGACCACCGUCGACAUGGCCACCGCCUCAUAG